AUGCAAGGCGGCCUGACUUGUCUCGGGAGUCACUGUCCUAACACAUCUCACAAUGGAAGAUGAACCACCUUGUUACCACGACGCUACCCGCUUCGGGCCGGCAUCCACCACCCCUCUCAAGGACACACAACGACCCAUUCUGGAGAAUAACAGUAAUGAAUAUGCUCUCGUAUCUUUCAGCGGGACGGAUCGCAUCCGACUCGUGCGAUUCCCCGACGAUCUUGUGACAGUGGUAUCAGAAACACUGCGAAGGAUUUGGUCAAAAGGAAUCCAAGACGUAAGACGUCGAAACGACUACGUGGAGCUCAAACUUCGGGGAAAUCCGUUCGCGUAUAGUCAGGAUGAAGAGAAAAUCGCCAUUCGAAAGACCGUGCUGGGAAUACUCGAGACACUUGCCCAGGAAGGAUGGUACGUGCUGCCGGGUGCCGGGGGGCUGGGAAAGAUGAGGAGCUCUGGAGGAAGCGGGGAGAAAGAUAGUCUAGUAAUCCAGAGGCAGGAGCAGCCACAGAGCCACCUAUCUUGGCUUUGCGUCUCCUUUGACUCUGAUGAUCUCAUCCAUCUUAUUGACGCCCCAUUCGAACUGGCGAGGUCGGUGAUUGACAUGUUCGGAGACAAGGUUGAACGGUGCAACCAAGACCUCGUCUCGGGAAAUUUUGAAAUCAAGUUACGUGGGAAUCCCUGGACGCGUUCGUCUUCUGAUGGCGCAGUGCAGGGUCGAUUGAUUCUUCUGGACGUGCUUCGGUGUCUCCAAGGCCAGGCGUAUGCGCUGUCUGCGAAUCUGGAUUUGGAUGGCGGGGAUGGCGGAAGUUUGUAUCGCAGCAGGGGCGAGAUUUGGUUCUGCUGUCGAUGAGGUGCCGGUUAUUAUUAGCUCUUUCAAUUGAUCAAUGAAUAAGUUGACUAUGAGUCGAUAAAGCCUGAGCAAUUGUCCAGAAGGCAUGGUCUCGGCAAACCUGGCUAGCCCUGCGCAUCUGUGGGAGAGCUUGGGGCACGGAGAAACAACAUCCAGUAUCCAGGUGAGUCUGCUGAGUGACGGUGGGCUCAAGACAUUCAAUAUUGGAAAACGCCUAGUUACCAAUUUCGGCGAAUCAGGGCAUGACACGUCAUUUCCAGCCAUUUCCGGUCAUGCCCAUUGCUGUACAAAGGGCAGGUGCCCUUCAGAAUGGAUAAUUCUUGUCAGUUAUUUUCACCUGCGACGGUCCUUCUUUCCCUAACUAUUUUCUAUUGGAAGCUGGGUCAGCGCCAUGCUUU